CCGGCGAGGAAGCCAUGGCCCAUCCUAAUCGUCUCAAAGAUGCUCGAGUACUCGUAUUUGGCGGUACUUCUGGAAUUGGCUUCGCAGUUGCCAACAUGGCAGUUUCCAAUGGUGCCUACGUUACAAUCUCUGGCUCCAAUCAGCCCAAGGUCGACGAGAAGAUUUCGAAACUCCGCUCAUUUUAUCCCGAACUACCAGCCGAGAGGGUUUCUGGAAUUGCCGUUGAGCUUCUCGACCUGUCAAACCUUGAAGCCAACUUAGAGACGCUCUUUGAAAAGGUCACAGAUAAAGGCUCUAAAAAGAUCGAUCACAUAGCCUUCACAGCAGGCGAUGUCCCAAGCAUUCCUAAAAUUGAGGAGAUGGAUAUCGAUAGCGCUAUGCAUGGCUUUAAGAUACGAUUUCUCUGCCCUGCCAUGAUCGCUAAAUUCCUUGCACUUGGAAAAUACAUGUCGAAAGACCCAAGCAGCUCUUUUACCAUUACCGGCGGAGCUCUUUCCAAAAAGCCUGCACCGGGCAGGUCACUUGCUACAGGUUGGGCUGCAUCAGUGGAGGGUCUCACUCGCGGUCUCGCUGUGGAUCUUAGUCCAAUCCGCGUCAAUGUAGUGGUACCUGGAACGAUUCAUACCGAGAUACUUCAGCGAAUCACAGCGAAUGGUGGUCAAAAGGCCUUGGAUAAUCUCAGGAUGAACAGCGGAUUGUUGAAAACCUUGGGGCAGCCGGAAGAUACAGCAGAGGCGUAUGGUUGGAUUAUGAAAGACCGUUUUGUCACAGGAUCAGAGGCGAAUACGGAUGGUGGCCGAUUGCUUGCUUAA